AUGGAGAUGAUGAAGUUGAUUUCGGUGCUUGUUCUUUGUUUGUCCGUGAUGGGAAUGAUGUUACAAAAUGUGGAUGGAAGGAGCAUGAUGAAGAAAUCAAAUAAUGAGGAUGUGAAGAAGCCUCAAUGGUUCUUUGAUAGUGUACCUUCUAGUGCUGGAGUAGGCUCAAUUGGUGGCGUAGGAGGAGGAGUAGGAGGCCUUGGUGGAGGAUUCGGUGGCGAAGACGGUGGUAGUGGUCUAGGGGGUGGUUUUGGAGGAGGUAGCGGUGGCGGUGGUGGUUUAGGGGGUGGAUAUGGAGGCGGAGGCGGAAUAGGAAAAGGGAUAGUUGGUGGAGUUGGUGCAUACGGAGGGAUUUACAAAGGAAUUGGUGGUGGCAUUGGAGGGAUUGGUGGUGGUGCCGGUGCCAUUGGUGGUGUUGGUGGUUUUAUUGGAGCCACCAAGAAACAAGUUGAAACAAAUAAUAAGCCAUGA